CGUUCCACCCUCUUCGGGUAGACAAGGGCCAGAGUAUUCACUCAGGGUAUUCACCUCCAGAGCUCCACAGAUAAACUUUCUUCCGAAUUCACUGUGGGAGCAAACUGAGGCAGUAGGCCAGUGCUCAUCAGAUGAGGUACAAAAGAGACUUUUCACUUGCUCCUGCCCAUUGUGAUAAGCCUCUAAUCACUUGGGCACCGAGUUUUCUGUGGGGCACCCUGCUCUCUUUUUUCCCUUUUAUACUGCCCUAAUUUCUCCUCAAGCAGUCCUUCCCUCCUUCUUCUGCCAUCUUGUUUCCUCAACAGACCUACAGAUCACCAACUGUCUCCGUACCCCCCUCAACCACCACCAUCUCCAAAAACAACACGCAUAACAGCUCGCCAUGAAGCUUCUUACCAUGGCCCGUGCCGUCCUCGGCCUCGCUCUUGCCAUCACCGCCAGCUGCGCUCCUGCUGCUAAGACCUAUACCGGAGACAGCCUGAUCGCCGAGGGGUUCACCGAGGUGUCCGAAGGCGUCUACUUCAGAAACACCCCAACCACCCUUUCUAUCAAUGGGUCUUCAUCUGGCAAUGAACUCGCGGCUCAAACCCAUUUCUGUCAAAUUUCCGACUAUGAGGGCACCACUGGAGACUACUCAGCCAAGGUCGAUGAUUGCUGGCAAGUCUACCGGAACGUUGCCGUAGAUGGCGAGUGGGUCAUCCGCCAAGGUCACCAGAAAGUGGUUGCUUCCUACAGCACCUGCGUGUUCGGUAUCACGGCCCACGGUGGCGCAGACGUCAGGAUUGGCAACGUGGAUGUUCACAGCGCCCUCCUUGAGUCCAUCAGCCAGUUCGCCCGCCAAUACCCCGGGGAUAAUUUCCAAAGGAUCGGCGCUGUGGGUCGCUUCCAGUGUGGUUGGAAUUUUGGCGAUGCUUGUAUCUGGGGGGUCUACGUCCGUUAGAGAGGAGGCAGAUGAACAAAAGUUGGUGUCUUAGGUAGUUUGCAAGUUCAUUUGAGCACAUACCUGCUUUACACCAACAUCCUUUCUCCG